AUGUCGGAAGAUGGGAAUAAGAGGAAGCAGCGAUGGACGCUGCGACGGUUGUUAGAACGAGGUGUUAUUCCGCUGAGGAUACAAGAUGGUGGUGUGUCAACUUCUGUUACCCGAACCUGGGGUGUAACGUCUCCGUUUCCCUGGCUGGUUCUGCCGCGGUGGCGGCAGACGAAGGAGAGGGGUUUCUUCGAAUUCCUGAUUCCACACCCGGAGCGCGUGCAAGUGAAGCGCUUGAUACGGUUGUUGAGCAGGAAUAAGAUGAAUUAUAGGGUUGAGUGUAGGAUGGUGGAAUCGAGUGUGCUGCAUCGCGAAUGUCACAGUCCCAUCGAACCCCUCCCCUCCUUCCCGCUUUCUGUGGGCGCGGACUCGAAUUGCGAAGCCCUUUUACCGUUUUUGUCGGACGGGGAGGUAGAAAGUGCGCAUGGAACUCGGAUAGCAUGGCUGGAUGAUUAUGUGAAGGAAGACUCAGCGGGGAGACCGCGUGCGCCGUUAUUGCGUUGGAGUAGUUGGGCUGUGGUUAGAGUUGAGGCGGCGCAUUGGGGGUAUGGAGAGUUGGAUUGUUAUGUUUUGGGGGCUGUGCAGGAUAGUGGGAUGGAGGUUGCAUGGGUGGGUGAUGUUUGUGAGAGGAAGGCUGUGGAGGAGAUUGAGCGGUGUGGACUUGAGCUGUGA